AUGCAUCGGGAGUGCUAUGCGACAAUAAGAUCAGCGCAAUGGGGGCAAGGAAAGGUCUAUAAAACUGUUGUGAGACCUGCAAUGAUGUACGGAGCAGAAGACUGGUCCAUCAAAAAGGCUCAAAAGAAGAAAUUAGAGCUAGCCGAGAUGCAAAUGUUGAGAUGGAUGUGUGGAGCGACGAGGCUUGAUAGGAUUAGAAACGAGAGGAUUCGAGGAACAACUAAAGUGGUGGAAAUAUCGAAGAUGAGGAGGGAAGAUGAUUAUAUAGGCAAGAGGGUUUUGGAUAUGGAGGUGGAGGGGAGAAGGAAGAGAGGAAGACCAGGGAGAAGAUUGCAGUGGUAUGGGCACGUGAUGAGAAGGGAAGAUGAUUAUAUAGGCAAGAGGGUUUUGGAUAUGGAGGUGGAGGGGAGAAGGAAGACCAAGGAGAAGAUGGAAGGAUUGCGUGGAUGGAGAUAUUAG